AUGUCGAUCGUUGAGCCGAUUCUCGACGAGCAAAGUCGGGGAGUAGAUGUGGUUAUAGUCGGUACUGGACUCACCGAGUGCAUGCUGGGAGCGGCACUCUCGGCCAAGGGGAAGAAGGUGCUCCAGCUGGAUUCUAAUAGCUACUAUGGCGGAUCUUCGGCGUCGUUGUCACUUCGGGAUUUGCAGAGUUGGGCUGCUGAGGAACCGACCAGCGAGGUGGACAAUUUUGUGGCGCGUGACGCUGACUGUGAGGCCUUCAUUAAUGGGAUGUACUGUAAGAGCAAGAUGGUCGACCUUCUAUUGGAAAGCGGUUGUGGCGCGUACUUGGAGUUUCAAAAACUCAAAGAUUCGUUGAUGAUCUGGACAGAAGAGGAGCGUGGAGGAAAUGCAAGUGGGAGCAAGAUUGCAAGAUCGCCAUUACGUGUAGCUGAUACACUCACUGUGCCGGUUACUCGCCAGCAGAUCUUCAAACAUAAGAAAUUGUCGCUUCUUGAAAAACGGCAGUUGAUGAAGUUCAUCACCACGUCGGCUAAUCUAUCGCCGAAUUUGGCCUUUCAAAGUGCAGCGGCAGUGGGAACUGACACAUACAAUAGCGUUGAGGAAAAGCAAGAUUGCAAGAUUUUGCAAGAUCCUGUUUCUGAGCUGGAUUUGACAGCGUUACCGAGCAGAUUGUUGGAUGGUCUCAAAUACGCCGUUUGCCUUGAUUUAAACGAAGACAACUGGAAGGCGAAUAAGAGUGUUCGGCUGCAGAAUCGAUUAACUCAGUUUGUCCAGUCUUUGCAAGUCUAUGAUAGCGACGGAUGCGCCUUCCUGCUGCCCUCCUACGGCACAGGCGACAUCGUCCAAGCCUUCGCCCGUCGCUGCUCCGUGGAGUCCGGUCUUUACGUGCUGAGAUGCACCCCCAGCAAGGAAGGCAAAGAAGCAUCUUCGGCCACACUGGAGAGGGCUGCUGCUGCUUUGCUCGAUGAAACUUCAGCGGUUGUCCUUUUCAAAUUACUCUAUCGCUGUAUCGGUAAGGGUCAAGAGGAGACACAUCUAGAGGAGGUCUGCUCGAACGUCUUCAAAGUUCCUCAUGUGGAGGACUUCAACGUGGUGGCUUCUGAUGACUAUGCUGAAAAUGUGAUGCCGAGAGAACUGCUUGGGAGGAUACUCGGGGAAGACGACGACGGCGUCGUGUUAUUCGAUAAGGCUGCUGUGAGUGAGGAGUGA